CCGCCCGGGCAGGUGUCGCGGCGCAGGCGGCGGCCCAGCGACUCGGCCGCGGCCAACCACGUCCACGGCGGCCACGGCCACGGCCGCGACUACGGCCACGGCCACGGAUCGGCAGACGAGAAUGGCUUCGAGGACGCGUUGUCCAGUCCCGCGGAGGUGCCCAGGAAGCCGUGCCCGGUGCAGGUGGUCCUGGCGCGGGAGGACGACCACAACUUCGAGCUGGAUGAGGACGCGCUGGAGCGGAUCCUGCUGCAGGAGCACGUGCGCGACCUCCACGUGGUCGUGGUGUCCGUGGCCGGGGCCUUCCGGAAAGGGAAGUCGUUCCUGCUGGACUUCAUGCUCAGAUACAUGUACAACCAGACGUCUCCAGCCCUGGAUGGGCGGCAGAGACGAGCCUCUGACGGGCUUCACGUGGCGAGGCGGAUGCGAGAGGGAGACGACGGGCAUCCAGGUGUGGGACGAGGUCUUCGUGGUCAGCAGGCCGGAUGGGACGAAGGUGGCCGUGCUGCUCAUGGACACCCAGGGCGCCUUCGACAGCCAGUCGACCAUCAAAGACUGCGCCACCGUCUUCGCUCUGAGCACCAUGACCAGCUCCGUGCAGGUCUAUAACUUAUCCCAGAAUAUCCAGGAAGAUGAUCUCCAGCACUUGCAAUUGUUCACAGAAUACGGGCGGCUGGCCAUGGAGGAGAUCUACCAGAAGCCCUUCCAGACGCUGAUGUUCCUGAUCCGAGACUGGAGUUACCCUUACGAGCACCCCUACGGCCUGGACGGGGGGAGGCAAUUUCUAGACAAGAGAUUGCAGGUCACCCCCCACCAGCACGAGGAGCUGCAGAACGUAAGGAGGCACAUUCACAAUUGUUUCUCAAAUCUUGGUUGCUUCCUUUUGCCACAUCCUGGUCUUAAAGUUGCAACUAACCCUGGUUUUGAUGGGAGAUUGAAAGAUAUCGACGAAGACUUUCAGCAGCAGCUUCGGAAUCUGGUUCCCUUGCUGCUUGCCCCUGAAAACUUGGUAGAAAAGGAGAUAAGUGGAUCUAAAGUCACUUGCCGGGAUCUUGUAGAAUACUUUAAGGCUUACAUCAAGAUCUACCAGGGGGAGGAGCUUCCGCACCCCAAGUCGAUGCUGCAGGCCACGGCAGAGGCCAACAACCUGGCUGCAGUGGCGGGAGCCCGGGACAUGUACUGCAAGAACAUGGAGCAGGUAUGUGGCGGGGACCAGCCGUACAUCGCCCCCUCCGACCUGGAGCGGCGGCACACGACCCUGAAGGCGGCCGCCCUGCAGCACUUCCGCUCGGUGAAGAAGAUGGGCGGCGAGGACUUCUGCCGGCGCUUCCAGGAGCAGCUGGAGGCCGAGCUCGAGGACACGUUCGCCAGCUUCCUGCGGCACAACGACGGCAAGAACCUCUUCCACGCCGCGCGCACGCCCGCCGCCCUCUUCGCCCUCAUGUUCGCCAUGUAUGUGGCCUCGGGGCUCACGGGCUUCCUGGGCCUCAGCUCCAUCGCCGCGCUCUGCAACCUGGUUUUGGGGCUGGCCCUGACCGCGCUCUGCACCUGGGCCUACGUCAAGUACUCGGGAGAGUUCCGCGAGGUGGGCACGCUCAUCGACCAGGUGGCCGAGGCGCUGUGGGAGCAGAGGAGUCCCAGGAAGGUGUUUUCCAAACUGUUUGAAGUCACUCGUCGUUGGGUGGCCCGGGUGGCUCGCCGCGCUCCAUCCUCGACACAGAGACAGAGACUGUCGUCCAACCACCACAAGAAGAGAAACUAGACAGCGCUGGCCCUCAGCCCGCUGCCGGGAGGGCUAGACAGUCAGCAGGGCUGUGGGGUGGCGGGGUGUCUGCCGCCAGCCAGCCCCGGAGGAAAAAGUCCUUUGCGUGGCCUUGUCCAGCGUCGGAGGCUCUUGGCCUGGCGGUGGCGGCAGCGAGAGCCACGUCCCUCGGCCGAGCCUUUCUCAUGCCCGCGGCCGGCAGGUUUUGCUUCCCGGCUGUGACUUGCCGUGUCUCUCCCUCUCUCUCUGUCUCUCUCUCGUGUCUGGUGCGCUCUUUUCGUCCCUCACGUGUUUGUUCUGCACAUCUCUCGCCCCGCAGGUGUUGAAACCGCUGGGUGAGAACGUGAUGGAGGAAAACAUCCGUCAGUCCUUCCGCAACUCCAUCAAGGCGGGCCUCAGCGAGCAGGCCCGGCUCAAGGCUGACUGACGGGCUGCCGCGUGCUUGCUGUACAAACGAGAACUCGAAUAAAUGAUAAACCAAAGUUUACAAA